GCGACGAUGGCAACUGUUCUUGCAAAUAAAACAGCAUCGUCUCUCUCUGAUGUGAAGCAGUUGGGAUCAGCCUUAAAUCAAGUGACCCUAAUUAGAGACGAGGUUCCUGUUGAUAUUCAGGAAAUUAGUCUCAAAUCUUUUAAAGACAUGGCGGAUUUGAUCAAUAAAAAAUCGCAUGACAAGGCAACUUCCACAAGUCUCAUCAACGACACAGCCAUCAUAGUAGGAGCGGGCUUAGUCAAUGUCAUCAUGGCGUCCAGCGAUUCGGCUCGACUUGACGGGGAAUAUCCUUCUCAGGACUCGCAACCGUAUUCUAAUGAUACUGUAGAAAAGGCAAGGGUAAUUGCGCUUGAUACCAUGGCAACUUUGGGUAAUGUUACUGAUGUGUUGAGUUCUUUAACGAUUCUUGGAGAAGAACCUCUGAUUAUGUCUGUACCUCGAAUGUCAAUGGUUCUACAGAAGAUGAGAUCGGACAUAGUUGGCGAACACACCGUUGGGAAUGGCCAAGUGUCUGUACACUUGCCUAACCUUACAGAGGUAUUCGGUGGAAUUUCGGCCAGUGGAUACGUGGAUUUACAGGUACUUGUUUUUCCUACCAACCCAUUUACGUGGGACAGCACAGCUUCGACCAUUUCUUCCCACAUUCUCACGGUUAUGCUCAAAGACGAAAAAAAAACUGAAUUAAACGUAUCUUCUCUUAAAAAUGAAAUCAGCCUGAUUAUACCCCAAAACAUAAAGUUGCUUCCGGAACCAUCACCAGCAUUCAUGAACGGAGGCAACGGCAGUAUUCGUUAUCAUAAAUUUGACAUCACAAACGUGGAACACCCAAUGAGUUUUCGGAUAAAACCUAGCAAAAACGAUGUAUUUUUUGCGAUCUAUUGGGGCUAUCAGGAGCGUCCCGAGAUGAGAGACCAUAACUUAGUCACUGUUUUGCCAGACUUUUCGUCAUGCAGCGUUCUUGAUGGCAGCCGUGAGACCUGCGAGUAUGAUCCUUACAUGGUAUUCAUAAGCGGAUCAUCUAUACCAAGAUCUGGCGAAUAUUACCUGGGUAUCAGAAGUUAUCGGGCAUCAAAUGGUACACGGUCUCGCAUGCGGAGGUCUUGUUUCGAUGGCGCUCGAAUCAAACGCUCUUGUAUAACUUAUAAAGAUCCUCCACCUCGACCAACGACUGAUCCUCGGGGGGAAUACAAACUUCAAGUACCCGUCUACGAUGCUGAUAAAGGCGUCAAUUAUACAGUUAACAGUUUUACAUCACCAUGUAAAUUCUGGGAUGUCAAGAACGAGACAUGGUCUUCAAAGGGAUGUAAGGUUGGAAACAAGACCCGAAUUGACCAAGUCCAUUGUCUAUGUACUCAUCUGACUUCUUUUGGAGGAGGGUUCAUCCAAGCUCCAAAUCCUAUAGACUUUGAUAAAGUUUUCGAGGGCUUCAAAAAUUUGUCCGACAAUGUUGCUGUGCUGGCAACUAUUGUGACAGCAUUCGCCAUCUAUAUUUUGAUGGUAUUGUGUCUGAGAAGAAUGGACAAGCGGGAUGAACUUAUUGGCAUUCCUACGACAAUUCAAACCCACGAAGGUGUACCCCUAAACAGCUAUGAGAUUAUAAUCCAAACUGGCUCAUGGCGAGGCUCUGGUACAACAGCCAAUGUCUUCAUAGUCCUGGUGGGCGAGGAUGGCGAAAGCAACCCCAUCGCACUAAGGGAUGAAAACAAAUCUCUUUUCACCAGAGGAUCGACGAAUGAAUUCCUCGUUUCAAUUCCUGAGAAUCUUGGAAAAUUGCUCUACCUUACGGUAUGGCAUGAUUUGUCAGGCAUAAAUUCUUCUUGGUAUCUCAGUUAUGUUAUCAUUCGCGAAAAUAAAACAAGGGAACAGUACAUUUUUGCGUGUGACCAUUGGCUCGCCCUAGAGAGAGGAGACGGUUCAGUAAGGAGAGUUAUACCAGUAAGCGACAAAAAGGAACUAACAAGUUUUGGGAUCCUUUUCCGUACCAAGACAUCUAAAGACAUAUUUGAUGGCCACCUUUGGAUCUCUGUUGUAGGUAAACCAUCUAAGAGUAACUUCACUCGUGUCCAGAGAUUGACCUGUUGUAUGUCACUUCUAUUUAGUGCAAUGAUAACAAACGCAAUGUUUUACAACAUUGGAAACAAGUCAGACGAUUCCACUGUUUCCAUUGGACCAUUUUCAUUGAGUCUCAAGCAGAUCAUAAUUGGAAUUCAGAGCAGUCUCAUUGCGCUCCCAAUCAACAUCAUAGUCUUGCAAAUAUUUCGUAAUCUAAAGCAAAAGAAAACAACCAGUUCAAAAUAUAAAAGGCCAUUUCCCUUCCGAAGAAACGCAGUGUUCGUCAGCGAUGAAUGGUCAGACAAAGAUGCUCCGAUGGAACCAAUCCAGGAAACUUCAGGUGGACGCUUGCCUCACUGGUUGAUCUACAUAGCGUAUCCUCUGUGCUUUCUGAUAGUGAUGACUGCAGCAUUAUUUACUUUGUUUUACAGUAUGCAGUGGGGAAAGGAAAUAUCCAACAAGUGGCUCUCAUCCAUGCUUGUAUCAUUUUUCCAGGACGCAUUUAUAACACAGCCCUUAAAAAUCUUCCUCGCCGCUCUAGUUAUCUCAUCAAUUUUGAAGAAACUACCCAGCGACUUUACAGAAGGGCCAUUUGCGGGUAGGAAAACAAGCAUUGUAGACCCCAAACCAACCGCAUUUGACAGAGAAGAGGCAAUAAAAAGACCACUCUUUAUGUCUAAACCUCCAGACGAGACCCUAGUGGAGAAGGCCAGGAAGUACAAAUUGAACGAGUUGAAAGCUUUCAGGAUACUGAGGGAAAAUAUCUUGCAUCUGCUAUUUCUAUCGUCGUUGCUGGUGAUAAGUUAUUCCACGAGAGACCCAGAUGCUUUCACUCAGAGCAGAUAUCUGAGAUACGUGUUCGGUGAACAGGCUAACGAUAUCCGGAGUCUUUGGUCUUUCUUGGAAACUGGUUUGCUACCUUUUGUCUUCGACAAAAAGUGGUAUAACGGUGACGAGGACAAAUUAGAUGGGUUCACUGAAGACAAGUACUUGUAUAUUAUUGGUAUGCCACGCCUUAGACAACUCAGGUCCAAGAAAGUAAACUGUGAAAGUGAAUACUCCCAAGACCUAAACAUGAGUUGCAGUGGUUCUUACUCCGUUAUUGACGAGGAAAAAGAUUUCUAUUUACCUGGAUGGAUAAAAAAAGGCGACUUGAGCUAUUCGGCAUGUCCGGCUUCAUGGCGAUACCAAACAGCUCUAAAACUGGACGGACUGCCUUUUUGGGGUAGUAAAACGAUUUACAGUGGCGGAGGAUAUACUGCUGACCUGGGUUACUUCAUGGAGCAGGCUAGAGAAGUGAUAAGUGACUUACAGACCUACAAAUGGGUUGAUCAGUUCACACGUGCAAUCUUUGUCGAGCUUAGUGUGUUCAAUGCUCCAGCCAAUCUUUUUAGCAGUGUUACUUACUUGGUGGAGUUUACAGGUACCGGGGGCUCUUCAACGUAUUUGAAAGUGGACACUUUCCGACUUUAUCAGCAUAUCGGCCCCUGGACUGCAGCGGUUGCAUUUAGUGAGUUUGUGGCCAUUGUGACUGUUGCAAUAGCUCUCUACGUGGCUUGCAAGAAGAUUUCUAGGGAGAGAAAAGGAUUUUUCAAGAAGGCUUGGAAUGUUGUCGAUGCUGCGCAGAUUGGGCUAUCCAUCUCUGCUAUAGCACUGUUCUUCAUCCGACUGAUGAACGCAAACUGGACAAUCGCAAAAGUUCAGGAGAACCCAUUUGUAUUCGUAAGCUUUCAUUAUGCAAUGAAGUGGGACGAAGUUAGCACUUACGUCAUUGGUGCCAUAGUAUUCAUCGCCACGUUAAAGUUUCUCCAACUGCUGAGCUUUAACCGGCACAUUGCUGUCCUUUCGCAUACAAUUUCUCGUGCCGCAGUAGAGCUGCUACCGCUGGGAAUGGAAGUCUUACUCACGAUUUUUGCUUUUAAUAUCUUUGCUUACGUUGUUUUCGGAAGCCGGGUCGAAGGUUUUAACAACUUCAUAACGACCUGUGAAACUACACUGGCUAUGACGCUUGGGAAGGCAUACUUUAUGGAGCUGAGCGAUUCGGAGGCUGUCCUCGGUCCUUUGUUUUUCGCUAUGUUUGUGAUAACUAUGCAAUUUUUCCUUAUCAACAUGAUUCUGGCUGUUAUUAUGGACACCUACAAUGAAGUUAAUGCUGAAAUCGAUGAGAACUCCCCAGAGUACGAAAUGGCUGGUUUUCUUCUAUGUUAUUUAAAGUCUUUCUUCGGUGAUCACUCUGAGUUUAAGGCCGGAGACGAGGUCUGGAGGAAAUCUAAAGAGAAGGGAAACAAAACUGUUAAAACUGAGAGUGUCAAAGAAAACCUCCUUGUUUUAAAGGAACAGCGUAAUUUGCUGAAGGAAAGGCUAAAAUCGUUGCAAACUUUGGACAAAGAUGUCGCCGAUUCGGAGCUCUCUUUUGUAGAGCGGUGGCACGCCAUCUGUAUCUCUGCUGAUUAUGAGACUGAUGCAAAGUUGUUAGAAGUGAUGACGUUCUACCUUGGCCACGAAAUCGAUUGCUCCAUCGAACUUAGUGUUUCAGAUAACGAGGCCGAUGCAUUUGCAUAAUCGGGGACAAUCAGGAACAUGAUCAUGCUUUCUGAUUGGAAUGACAAGAGAACUCAAAACUCGAAAUUAUUACAUUUUGUCGAAAAUUGUAAUAUUUACGCGCUUGUUGAUAGUACUUUACAUUUAUAUUUUACAUUUAUUUUACGUUUACAUUUCAUUUAUAUUACUGAAUCGAAAAGACCUUGAUAACUGUCGGACUUCAAGAGUCAA